AUGUCUAAUUUCAUCCAUUUCAUUCUCCUGUCCUCCCUGCUCCUCUCCCUGUCUUCUGCUCAACAAUCUCUCCACCCUCGUGCAUUGCUCUUACCCGUCUCGAAAGACCCGAAAACGCAACAAUUCUUAACGAAAAUCAGCCAGAGAACUCCAUUAGUCCCUACAACUCUUGUUGUUUCACUCGGAGGCCGCCAACUUUGGGCUGACUGCUACAACAAUUUCAGUUCUUCCUCCAUUCGCCGGCCUAAAUGUGGCGCUGCUCAGUGCUCGUUAGCCGACUCUGAUGGCUGCAGGAACAACAUCUGUGGUGCCGACCCUGAAAACCCUGUCACACGAACUAUCACGUACGAUGAUGUUGUCAGUGACAUUGUCACCAUAAUAUCGACCGACGGAUCGAGGCCUGGCCCUGUUUUUACGAUACGAGAUUUUGUUUCGCUUUGUGCACCUUCGUCGCUGUUGGAAGAGCUUGCCAGCAAUGCAGUAGGCUCUGCUGGUUUAGGAAGGACUCGCGUCUCGCUUUCUUCACAACUAGCUGCUAGAUCGAGUUUCAAGAGACAAUUCGCAAUGUGCCUCCCCUCUUCGACGACCGCUAACGGUGUCAUAAUAUUCGGAGACGUUUCGUAUAAAUUUCUCCCCAACAUCGAUGCUACCAAAUUUCUCAAAUUUACGCCAAUUCUGACCCAUCCGUCGCCUGACAAGUCAGCUGAAUAUUUCAUCGGGGUGAAAAAAAUUAAAAUUAACGGAAAGGCAGUUCCGAUAAAUUAUUCAUUGUUAACUAUCCAGAACGGUGGAACGCAGCUCACUACUGGAAAUCCCAACACUGUAAUGAGGACUUCAAUCUACAAUGCAGUGACCGCGGCCUUUAUAAACGAGGCCACAGCCAUGAACAUCACUAGAGUGGCCUCAGUCGCGCCUUUUGGUGCCUGUUUUGAUGAAAAAACGGUGGCAGGCAGCAGGUUAGGCGCGAAGGUUCCAGUUAUCGACCUUGUUCUGCAGAAUGAGAACGUCGUGUGGACUAUUACAGGGUCGAAUUCGAUGGUUCAGGCUGGAACCAAUGUGUUGUGCCUUGGAUUUGUGGAUGGAGGCAAGGACCCGAGGAUUCCGAUUAUAAUUGGAACGCAUCAGCUGGAGGAUAAUGUUCUGCAAUUUGAUCUAGCAACAUCAAGGCUAGGUUUCAGCAAUACUCUGUUGGCGCGACAGACGACAUGUUCAAAUUUUAACUUCACAUCGACUGCUUAAGUAGAAUUUUGUGUACUUAUGUUAUGAGAUAGUGUCAUAUAUGGCUCACUCAAAGAAAAUUUUUAAAUGAAAUUCAAGUUCUCAAAACACGCCAUACAUAGAUUC